GGAUUGUUGAGGUGGACUACGUGGACUUCGCCAUAGUGACUUGUGAACUGGAGAAUCAGAGUUGAGACUGGGGGAAAGUAUAUUCGUUCCACCGACGAAAUAGGUAUCGACAGAACUUGAACUCGCUGUAAAGUUUCGGUUCGCGACUCGAGGCGCAUUGAAUUGGUAGACGAUCCGGUAUUACUUCUGAUAUGUUGAAGAGAUAUCUUACCGUAAUACGAUUCCACCGAAUCCUGCAUCAGAAUACCGGCGUCGCAUACGCCGAGCGCCUAGAGAAGAAGCAAAUGGGGAAAAUGCAGGACGGAAUUGCGGUGGAGAUAAUUCCGGUCUUCUCAAUCCCGUGCCUCAGGGCUUCCCAGACUGCUUCGUUCUGAGUCCUCUUGUACUUAAACAUGCACUUUAAUUUGGACCCGAACUCGGAACAGGCACCAAGGACACCGCUUCAUCGCAUCCUUCGGAUACCAACACCCACCCAUCCAGUUGGUUGCAAAGACAACUGCACUUCCUCGUGACCAAUUACGUUCAGUUGCCGACGGUCCUCUCUUUGCCAUGUUG